GAAAUUUAAUGUAAUCGGUGUGUAAUAAUUUAUUUACAAAUUUGAAUGCCGUUUAGAUUAACUAGCAAAGAAAGUAUUAUUUAUUGAAGUUAUUAGUCUUAUUUAUUUUUAUCAUUAAAUAAUUCAAGUAGUAUCUAACGCCACAUCGAAAAAUGUAUUUAAUAAUUUUAUUUCAAUAUUAACGUUAUUACUUGUUUAGAUUUAUGAAAUCUCUAUAAAAUGAUUUUUAUAUUUAUUAAUAUUUAACUAAAAAUGCGUAAAGUACCAUUUUAUUUAAAAAUCGAAAAAGGAAAUAUGUAAGAUUCUAUUAGAAAGAAAAAUAUUCAUAUAAGUUAUAUUAAUAUACGAAGCAGCAAAUGUAGAAAUAUCAUCCGUAUCCAAAUGUUAAAUCAGUAAUCACUAAUAUUCGCAUAACAAAAAAAUUGCGAACGAACUGUUCUGUAGCAUGCACUUGUUAAUUUGGUUUAAUUUAAUUUCUCGUUCCGGCCUUUAUAAGUUUCGGGUAAAGAAAAUGUUUUUGAGCAUUUAUAUUUAUUUAACAAUUUGAAUGUCUCACGUGCCGCGAUAUUUCGUCUUGCUUUUCAACGAAACCUCGUUUAGCGAUCAUAACGAACAGAUCAGAUUGAAGCUACCGAAUGCCGCUUCCUACCUGAAACGUUUGAUGAGAUUGAAGAAUGGAGGAAAACUCGAAUCCGAGAGGGAAAUGAUCGAUGGCGCUUCUGAAGUAUCUGAAAUCACGGAAAGUAUGUUAACUCACGUGAUGCUAGAAGUCUCGAGUGGUAAAUUAUUAUUAUAGUUGGUCGUUAACCUAAGCAUAUUCCAUAAAAGAAUUUAUCUUCCAUGGACGACAAAGCUUUCGUUUCUCUUCUUCGUAAAGCAUUUAAUCUUUAGUUUAAACUAACAAUUAAAUAGAUAAUUUCAUUAUCGUUCAAUUAUGAUAAGUUAAAUGUUGUCUUCUUGCAGGCGGCUUGUUUUUAUAUUUCUUAAAAUAUAAAACUUAUAUUUUCUUUUCUAGACUUCAAUAUCCUUUGCAUAGAACCUAUGUUUACAUAAGUAGGUAGAAAGUUUUAGUUAAACUCUUUCUUCUUAUGCGUGUGAAGACAACAAAGAUUUUGUGGCAAAUGUCCUCAACUAGUUUCUUUAUUUUUAUUUUUACAUCAUUUAAACGCCAUAUUAAAAUUGCAUAGGAUCUUAUCUUGGAUAUAUAUCUUCAGGCAAAUUGAAACGUUUUCAGAUUAUCGUUAGGAGUUGCUUUAUUUGUUAUCGUUAUAGAUAUGUCAGGAACUUUCCCCCAUAAGAAAUAUUGUAUUCGUCAUACAAAUAGGUACUCCAUUACAGUAUCAAAAAUACAUUAAAGGCGAUACUGUCACAAUUUUUUCAAUUUUUACCAUAAAAUAAUUCAUUCGGAAUAACUCGCGUUAAUUUAUAGGGAACAGCCAGCGUACAUUUUUAAUAAACACGAUUUAACAAUAUCAAAAUAAUACGUGUAUAAUAACAAACUAAUACUAUUGAAAUUAAUCACUAAAUAGUGUGCGUUAAUAAAGCAACGACUAUUAUUCAAUUUCUCUUUCUCCACAUCCCAUAGUCAUUCAAUUUAUUAAUGAUAAUUGUGUGUUCCAAAUAUAAGCAUGUACUUUCACGAUCUUUGCUGCUCAGUGUCAUUUCAAUAUUGAAAAUUUCUAUCUGGCAGUUCAUUUAUUUGAAAAUCUACCGAUAUAAAAUCAAAUAUUGAUAGUUGUCGUGUUUUAUAUCUGUCUGUAUAAAACCGUUGACGAGCUGCAAUUUGUUAGUGUCGAUCAAUGAACAGGAUAUACCGGCAGACAGGGAUUCGGUCGACUGGCCGGAGAAUCAUGUGGUCGAAACAAGGUGGUACGAAACUCCCAGUGACCCUUCGAAUCCUGAAGGACCUUCCACUUCCACCGUGCACACGGACGACAAUACAAGCGAAUACCCGGCGAUCGCUACAGUAGCACAAACUCAACCUGUUCAAACGAUUUCAAAUUCUGUGACCACCACCGAAGCGAUGACUACAAAUGGAAUUUUUGUGAGUGUACUGAACCGCGACGCUGCCGCGGCGAGGAACAUUAUGCAGUUUAGGGAAGCCUUGUCUUCGCAGAUCGGAUCGCAAGCGGAAAGGCUUAGAGACCAAGAGACUCGAAGCGUUCCGUUGGUCUAUAUUCAAAGUGAAGAUCGUCACGAGCUUUAUCUGCAGAGCACCGUAAACGGUGAAAGUGGAUUUAGUGGAUCGAGUACGAUCGGGAGUGAAAUUAGUAGCAUGUCGGGAAACGAUCAUCUGGAAGUACGUAAUCAAAGAAUAGGACAGGACGUAACGCCGCAGUUUUUCAGCGGCAUGUUAAGUGUAGACAGGGUAAUACGCAAGCCAAUUUGCCGCAACGAUGAUGAACCAACUAUAUACUGACAUUUGCUGUUGAAACCGUAAUUCUCAAUAUGAUAGACUUAAUAAAGAAACGAUCUUCUUUUUUUU